AGGUGUUAGCUGUGAUUCUUGCCUGAAGGGAAAUUUUAGAGGAAAACGGUAUAAAUGCCUUGUAUGCUAUGAUUAUGAUUUAUGUGCCACAUGUUAUGAAGCUGGAGCAUCCACUACUCGGCACAAUGCCGAUCAUCCCAUGCAGUGCAUCUUGACCAGAUCAGAUUUCGAUUUGUACUAUGGAGGAGAAGCAGCUUCUGUUGAGCACCCCCAGUCAUUUACUUGUCCAUUUUGUGGUCGAAUGGGACUGACAGAAUCUGCUUUGACUGAACAUGUUGCUGCUGAGCACUCUGAAUCUUCAGCUGAAAUUGUAUGUCCUGUUUGUGCUUCUCAACCUGGAGGGGAACCUAACCACAUGACAGAUGAUUUUUCAGCCCAUUUAGCACUUGAUCAUAGAAAUAGAGAUAUUGAUGAACCAGCUAGUUCUCGACAUGUCAGGAGGAUACCCCAUGCUGGAAGAGGAAUGAGUAGCAAUAGAGCACGUCGUUCUCAAAUGCAGUUUACGUCGGCUGGUGGAUUGGCAUCAUUAUCACCUAAUAGUAGAGAUUCAAUGGAUCCUAUUGCAGAACUUCUUUCUCAGCUGUCUUCUGUGCGGCGUUCAAAUCUUGCUCAAUCCAACACAACAUCACAGCUGCAACAACUUCAGAUGCAGCUGCAAAUGGAGCGACAACAAGCACAAGUAGCUCGGCAGCAGCUUGAACGGCUGCCUCGUCGUCAAGCAGCCACAACUAGCAUUUCUACUUCGGCCGGUGCAGGGGGUAGCAGUGCUCUGCAAACCCAUUAUACAGUCUCUCUUGAAACUUCUUCUAGUCCUUCAUCGGCAUCCUCUGGACCACAGUUCCUUUUAUCUAGAUGCACGGAUCCAGUCAUUAGUGAAGGUGAACAACAGGCAUUAGAAAUUGAGCAUGCCGAACGUAGUCUUUUUGUCCAAGAACUCUUACUCAAUACUUUAGGUGAACAAUUUAAUAAUGAAGAAUGGGACAGUCUUAUUAAAGUUAUUGAUCUGAAUUGGAAUGGUGAUGAAGUAAACCAUUGCUCUGAUGUCAAUGAUAAUCAUGGUCCUAAAAGGGGUCCGAUAAGUGCCAUACUGGAACCCGACUCCCAUUCUAUGCAGCCUACCAGUGUAGAAGAAGUUCGGCAAUCCCGCAAUAAUCCAGAACCGCCGGCCCAGCGCUCGAAUCCUCAAGGAAGAAUCCAUACUCGUGGGGCUGGAAAUAAUUAUAACAAUCCAAUUGGGAGAGGAGCUACUUCUCAGCGUGCAAACACUAGGGAAUCUCUUAGUGGGGGAGGACGACCAGUGGGUAGGACAACUAAUCGAGAGAGGGGUACCUCACCUUCAAGAAGGAAAGCUUUACGUCAAGUUGAUGAUAGAAAUAAAACUACGGAGCCGCCGCCGCCUCACUGAUAUUAAGAGCACUUUUUUCAGACUGUUGGACUGCCACUUUUCAUCGUGUUUAUGAGUAAAAGGACAUAAUUAGAACUUGGGAACUUGCUAUCUAAAAUAUUUGGAAUAAGAGAUUACAACAAUAUUCAUUUGGCAUGCUGUGGUUUAAUUUAUUUCAGCAUGCUACAUGUUUAAUGCAGAUAUGUCCAUAUGAAAUCCAGAAUAAGUAUUUAAAUAAACGUUAUGUUAUAAUUCUCCUUUUUCUCAUUGCUGAAGUAAAUAUUUUUGAGUGAAAACGGUUUGUUGCAGUAUAGUGAGAAUGUAUUUACAUACUUGUAAAGCCUUGUAUACUCUAAAUUAUAAAGUUAUGCUUUAAAAAUCAAAAAUAAACUCUAAAAAAUGCUUUAGUUCUCCAUUAAUGUGUGUUAAAAUGCUAUUAACUUAAUUAAUUACUGAAGCCCAGAAUAUUCUGAUUAUCUAAAGUUAUGAAUUUGCAUAUUUUUAAAAUCUGGUAUCUGAAUUUUAUAUAAAAAUUUUCAUUAGUCCUCCACUGCGUUUCGUAUGUCUAGCACUACUUGUUGCUGGGAUGUUUAUGUAAAUAUGUGUAUAGUUACUUGCAGCUGCAUAAAGAUAGCAAAUCACACUUUUUGUAAAAUUGUAGAAAUGUCUCAAAAUGCCCAAAGUAUUGUACUCUAUUUUAGAGUGAAGGUGUUAGAUUAUUUUAGGUUAGAAUCUGAAGUUGCUGAGAUCUCUUAACUCGUAUAUAUCAAUCAGUACUGUGAUAAUUAACUUGGAUAUAUAUGCCUUUACUGCAUUUUAUUCUUUUAAAUGAAAUCUAUGAGAAAAAUUUUACUAAUUUAAUAAAUUUUGCCCAUAUUUUCUCUGAAGGCUUUAUGUUCUAUUAAGAAUGUGGUUAAACAGUUAAGAUUUCGAUUUUGUUUAGCUAGUUCUAAUACUGCUCAUUAAUUUACAAUGUUCUAAUAUGGCUUAUUAAGAUGUUUUCUUCUUCUAAGAAAUACUUGUUGAAGCUUUGGAAAAAAGGCCCUGAUAGUUAAAAGGCCUCUGUUAUAUGUUACUAAAGCACAGUGUUAAUGAAUUACAUUGUGCUUUUUAUCUUUUCUUAUUAUUUUUUAAUAUUAAUGUUUUUGUUUCCUAAUUUUCACAUACUUCCUUCAUGGACUAAAUUAUGUAAUACAGUAAUUAAUAAUCUUUUCACUAACUCACAAAACUGUGACCACACUACAGGGUGUAAUAUUGUAAUUAAGAUUGUGUUUUCAAAGCAUUUGUGAUUUACUGUGUUGCCUAUAAUCUUACCCCUUUUCAAUAUCGAUAAGUUAACUACUUAUUCCAGAAAUGUGGAUCAGGCAAGCAAAAAUGUUGGCUUAACAUUUUAAAUUCUCAGACAUAUCAGGCAAUUUAAUAUACAUCUACCCUGUAUACUGCAUACUGAGUGAAAGCUUUGCAAUAAAAGGUCAAAAUGAUAACCAUUGAGUCCCACACACAGUAUAUUUUUAAUGAAACCUGUCGUUCUAAAAUAUAUUAGCUGAAGCCUAAAAUGUAUCAGCUUUUUCAAAUGUGUGUUUUUUUCUCAGCCAGUGAUAAGUUAGGCCAAGUGGGAAAUGGUGGUAGGGUCUAGCCAAAACAAUUGCAGCUUCUGAAACAUAAAAAGUGAAAUGAAUAUUCAUUAGCUUUUGUGUUGAUGCCAGAGAUCUUUACUAUGAAUUGCCACCACUAUGCUUUUUAAUAACAGAACAUAGAAGUGAGGUGAUUGCAAGUUACCAUCAGUUAUGUUAUUUAUAUGUGCAGCUUUAUCUGUGAUUUUUUUGGAUGGAGUUCUGGUAUUCAGUCUUCAUAUGCAGAUAUGAGCAAAUCAUAUUUGUAACAAUUUAUAAGAACUGUAAACUAUCUGUUAUGCUUGUGUGUUUUCUCCUCUCUCAUGUAUCACUUAUUUCACCUUUGAACAGUCUUAUGAGUAACAGUGAACCCACUGCAUUAUAUGAAUGCAGCUUUUUUUUUUUUUUUUUUCCGGCUGUUUGGUGCAUUCUGGCAGUUCAUUUUACCCUGCUAAAAUAUUUAUAUCAUUAUCAUGUUUGAUUUUUUUUAUAAAUAAGCCAUAUAUAUCAUCAUUUUACAGGUCUUUAUUUUCAGGAAGCUUUAUACAUUAAUUUGAUUUUUUUAUGUUUCUGUAAUAUGUACUAUAAUUGUUGUGUUGGCAUAAUCAUAAUUUUGAAUUUCACUUAUAAUUUUAGCAUUCAGAGUUUAAAUUAAUAGAACACAUUUCCUCAUAUGUUUGGAGGAUAUGAAGAUACAUUUUUAAAAAGCAUUUUGAAACAUCUGAAAGAUGCAUAUUUGAUUACAAUUUUUUCCCCAUCAAAAUUCCAUUUUUUUUUUAAACUGAGACUUAACUCAUUUUCUAUUUUUCUUCAUAACGAACAUUUUUGUUAGUGUGCUGCAGAAAAUGAUAGAUACUAUUAUACAAAACCUAUGGCUGCAUAUCUGUAAAAAAUCACUGCCAAGUAAAAUGUAAUAGGCAGUUUUUUAAAGCAUAGAAGGGAUUGAUUAUUGGUCAAUAAUUUUAUUCCAAAAUAUUUUAUUUUCUGUUUUUUCUUAAGUUUUAGGCUGUUGUAAUUUAGUUGACUGUUCUUAUUUGUAUCUGAAACACAAACACUAAAGAAGCAACGUUAUGAUUAGUAAAAAAUAAUUGCCUUCAUGAAUUUCUGCUAAACUGUUUUAUGGUUGUUCUUGCCUCCUUUGAAGGAUCUUAGGUUAGUGGUGGUUUUAAAGAUCAGCUGCUUUGUAAAAACAAGACAUAUUAUUGAAGCAGUCCAAAUGUUUAAAAAGAUAUUUUCAUGAAGUAUUUAAAAAAAAGCAUGUGUACAGAGUGGCUGUCUCACAUUUGUAAAUGGUUAAUUUUUGCAGUUUUCAGUGAGAUUGGCAUGUUUACAGUUAUCAUUUCAUAUUAGAAAUCCAUUUCUUCUUGAUAGUAUAGUAUGCUGCUGAAUUCCUUCUUAUUGGUUCCUGUUUUAGGAGAAAGGCAUAGUCUUCAAACCACAUGCAUUUGGUAAUUCCAGUUAGUUUGUGUAGUAUGUACUGGUCAAAUAAUUUUAUGUAACCACUGGCAAGACAGUUGAGUAAUGAACAUUGUUUUAUUCAACUUCUAUGUUAAUUUUUUAUGUUGUUUCACUUGGAUAAGUUUAAUAAUCUGUUGCAUCGUGUGGUACAUGAAUUUCUUUCGCAACUUUGUAUCAGUGCAAAGUGGUAGUCUGCAAUAGUGUGGCUGCAAAUAACAUUUAACUUAAUUAUUAAAUUAAUAAGUAACUUUGGUCAUAGUAAUUCCUGUUUUUUCAGGUAUUAUUUCAUAUUAAUAUUUGGUAAAAAAAUAUGAAUUUUGCGUGUUUCAUAAAACUACUUUUUAACCAUGUUUCGCAUAAAAUAUUAGUUAAAUGGAAUUAUGUGUCAUUUGAAAAUAUUUGAAAUAAAAAAAAAAAAAAAAAAAAAAAAAAAGAUCCUGAAAGUUGCUCUGUGUAUGAAAUUAAGUUUCUGAAUAGAAUUUUUGUGAGACUUUUAUCAAAAUCAGACUAAGGAUUUGUGAAUGAAAAAGUAAUAUCCUUGUCUCCAAGAGUUUUCUGAAAAUUUAUGUAAAAUUGAAUGCUAAUUAACAAUAUCGUAAUGCAGUCUUUGGGCUCAUCGCAUUUCUGACAUAAAAGUGAGUAUUGUAGAAUUUUAUUAUCUUAAUUAAAGUAAAAUUCUGAAUUUA